GAAUUCGAAACGAGCCCAAUAAAUAUAUUCGAGAAAUUUAUUUUCUCGAGUUCGUCUCGAAUUCGAUACGACGUCGCCCUCGAUUUGUGUUUAUUGGGGAACUACUCCGCAUGAGCAACCCAGUAGUAAGUUAAACAAAAUUUUUAACGCAUCUGGCUUCAAUAAAAACUUAUAUUUCACACAUAUCGUCAUCUAUUAGAUUUAUCCGGCACCGUAUUUCUUGUAAUUUGAGUUUUUAUUUAGUCGGAAUUAUAUUGGAAGAAUUUUUUGGAUACUUCAUCCACAAAAUUCAUCGAAAUGUCCUUGAAUGUUAAUUAGAAUGCAGCUGAAAUAUAAUAAAGUGGAGUUAAAAUUAAUAAUUUGUUCGCUUAAGAACCCUGGGUGCCUUCGUAUAUGCAUUAGUGAAUGGUAUCAGAGCCAUUUAUGUCAUCCCCCACGCCACGCAAAGGUGCCUUUAUACUCAGAAAAAAUUCUGCUAAAUCUGUUUCUCUCAACACAUGAUUUGGUAAUAGUUACCAAAUCUUGUUUUGAGAAAAAUUAUUUAGGUGACUGUUAUCUGAGUGUAUGAGCACUACUAAAUUAUUUUCAUGAUUGUGCCUCGAAGACAAUGGAAGAAAACAAUCCUUCGAGAAAACUGAUUUACUCGAGCUCGCCUCGAAUUCGAAACGAGCCCAAAAGAUAUAUUCGAGAAAUUUAUUUUCUCGAGUUCGUCUCGAAUUUGAUACUAUGUCACCCUCGUUUUUGUGUUUAUUGGGGAACUACUCCGCAUGAGCAACCCAGUAGUAAGUUAAACAAAAUUUUUAACGCAUCUGUAGUGCGAUUCGGUAACUCUUAACCAUGCAUUUCUCGAGUUGUUAAUUAAAGAUGUUUGUCCUUGUCAGUAACGAUUAUUCGAUUCAAAAACUCAUUCCUAACGACACUGAACAGGUGACUUUUUCCAUUAAUUCAAAUUGAUAAAAAGUGGCAUCUCCGCUGUUCGAAAUGUCAAAUUUGCGAAAAGCACAAAGCGGAACAGAAAAAAAAAACAAAGCCAUUUCUUCGCGCCGCUAAUUUGCGUCCACAUAUUGCAGCAAAGGGAAGUAUAAUUUGCUAUUUAUUUCCCUAUCGCGAUUUUCACGUGAACAAAUAUUCCAAAAAGUUAUAAAGCAAAACAAAACCAAUUUUUCCCAAUUUGUUUUUGUUUUGCAAGUCAAAUUAUGGGAACAAUUCAUUCACAUGAAAUUGGCGAUAGGGCUGAUUAUAUUUUACAAACAUCGUGUUAAUAUAUAUGUUGAAGCUGUAACCUCUUAGUUAAGUUUAUUUUCUGUCAUUUCGUAAUCGUCUGGCAAUACUGUUCUCGUUCUUGUCAUUCAUUUCUGUUUUGUGAUUACAUUUGUUUGUUUCGUUAAGAAUCAUUGUACGGUACUUUAAAUUCCUGAAAUUUUCUAUAAAAGGCGACGAAAACUCUUUUUAGCUUCUUCUUGUGCACAGAUAAGCGGAUGAAUAAAGCCUGUAUUGGCAUGGCGGAACUCAACUUGCUUGCAUCUGCUGUUAAGGCAAUAAAACGCAUACAUGCCCGUGUGAGAGAUGGUGGCGAUGAUGGUCGCGAUGUAUUCCAACUGCAACAGGAGCUGAAGUCGAUCGAGACACAUUUUGGGAGAUUCGUUGAUAACCAUAAUCAUCUUGUUGGAGAAGCGGCACCCUCAGAAAGGGUUACGCAUGAUUCGCUAUGGGAAACUGUGGAGGAGCUUUACGGUGAGGCAUGUAGCACACUCCACCGCCUUAUUGCGACGUCAACGGUAGAUUCCAACGCCAGUGAGGGUGCGCGCAACGUGCCUACUACGACUUUGGAUGGCUGUUCGGUGGAUCUUAAACUUGAUCCGUUGGCUAUUCCCCCAUUUGACGGGGAUAUGUGUAAAUGGUUGGCGUUCAAAGAUGCGUUUGAAACGCUUGUCCACAACUCGGCGUACCCGGAAGCAUUCAAGUUGGGUAAACUUCGCCAAGCAGUUAACGCGUCCACAGUGCCAUUAAUUGGAGGGAUAUAUUCGGGUGGCUAUCAAGAAGUAUGGAAGGCUCUUAAAGAGCGUUACGACAACAAGAAACAUCUGGCAGAAAUACACGUGUCGCGUUUUCUCAACUUAAAGGUAGCCACCCAGGAGUCAUCGCAAGCAUUGUUGGCCAUUGUUGACACUGUGCAUGAGUCGCUGCGAGCAUUGCGGGUCAUGGAGAUCCCUGUAAGUCAAUGGGAUGCAUUAGCUGUGCCUAUUGUUGUGUCCAAGCUUCCGCCUGUAACCAAGCGCGACUGGUGUAUGAAGUAUACCACCACCGAUAUUCCACGGCUGGAUGAUUUGCUGAAGUUUUUGGAAAGGCAUGCUCAUAGUCUAUCGCCUGAACCAUCGGCCGUUCUAGUGGCGCCUCGGCAGCAACGAUCGGUGAAGUCGCAUGUGGUUAGCGCUGAGCGGGCGCAGUGUGCGCACUGUGGUGCUCCGCAUCGAAUUGCUAAGUGUCCAGCGCUGUCAGCUAUGAAUAUUGAACAACGUUAUCGGGGAGUUGCCGGAAUUGUGGCCGUAGCACAAUACUAUCUUAUGCCGCGAGAGGUUCACCAACAUAGCUUCGCCUGAAUCCACGUCUACGUCACCCGUAUCAAAUACUGCACCUGGUAAGGUCCAAACAACUUCAGCUGCAUGACUAGCAGCACCUGCGACAGCCCACGCGCACAGAUAUCAGCCGAUCACCCUCCUAGCAACAGCGCGUGCAUAUGCCUUUGGAGAAGCAUCGGUUCAGCGUGUGGCUCGUAUCUUAUGCGAUCCUGGAUCGCAGGUUAGCUUCGUGACGGAUCGCCUAGCAAACUCCUUGCAGUUAUACCGACGGAAAUGUGACCUGAUGGUAGAAGGGGUAGGGGCUGCCGUCAAUACCCAAGUGAAGGGCAGCGUUACACUCACGUUGAGGUCAACGAAAACUACAUUUGAAAUGCAAAUUGAGGCCUUGGUUUUACCGUCCAUUACUUCUCCGACUCCGACGGUAAAUAUUGACGUGAACCAAUGGCCGUACUUGAGAGGGCUAGAGUUGGCGGACGAUCGGUUUGGGACGCCUGGAGUUAUCGACGUUCUCAUCGGCGCGGACGUGUGGGGGCGAGUCCUAGAGGGUGAUGUCAUCGGUGGACGACCAGACGAACCUUUUGCCCAGCGUACCCGCUUUGGUUGGGUGGUAUUUGGCCCAGCAGCAGUGUCUUUUACUUCGAACGUAUCAUCGCUCGCACUGAGCGCGUUACCGGGUGAGGAUGACGUCCGUUUAGAAGAACUGCUACACAGGUUUUGGGAGAUGGAGGAAAUUGCGAUUGCUGAUAAUCAACACGUCGACGACUGUGCCCAGAUCUUCGAAGCUACUCAUAGCCGCACUGCAGACGGCCGUUACAUUGUCCACCUAGCUCUUCGACAAAAUGUACCCAAACUUGGUGACUCAUAUGCACUGGCUGCACGCCAAUUCGGUAGACUAGAGCGUCGCUUGGUAGUGGAUCCCGGCCUUAGGGAAAACUAUGUGGCAUUCAUGCGGGAGUACGAAGCACUCGGACAUAUGGAGCGAGUCGAACCAUCGUAUCCCCAUAGCAAUUGCUACUAUAUUCCUCACCAUGCGGUUACCACCUAAUUCCGCGUGGUGUUCAAUGCUUCGGCGCCGACCAGCACGGGAGUCUCCUUAAACGAUAUUCAACUGGUGGGCCCAGCGCUUCAGGACUCGCUUAGCAGCAUACUUCUUCGUUUCCGACGUUUUCGAGUGGCGAUAACUGCCGACAUCGAGAAAAUGUUUAGGCAAGUGUUGGUUGCGCCGGAGCAUCGAGACUAUCAGAGGAUUAUUUGGCGCGAGUCCCCGGCCGACGACAUUGGCAUAUAUCGAUUGAAGACCAUUACAUAUGGCAUGGCAUGCAGUCCAUAUAACGCAGUGCGCACGUUGCAGCAAUGCGCUUAUGAUAAUUACGGUUCGGUUCCGGAUAGGCGGCAGGCGGUCCUCGCUCGAGAUGCAAUUCUAACCUCGUUUUACGUCGAUGAUUUCCUCACCAGUUGUGAGAGCGCUACCGAUGCAGUGGAACUGGCUAGAAACGCGGCCAAAUUUACGCUAAGAAAAUGGAACUCCAACGAUGGCCAGGUGAUGAGCUACUUAUCUAAUGAAUCGUCUCUUUCCAGUUAUACCUUCCAUUCUGGUGUGGCUUCCGUCUUAGGCCUAAGAUGGGACGCAGUGACGGAUCAGCUAUUUUUCCAAGUCGACCUAGACCAAUCAUCCGAGGCUCCCACGAAGAGGCGAGUACUUAGCGAGGUGGCGCGUCUCUUUGAUCCCGCUGGGUUAUUAUCACCUGUCGUUGUAACUGGAAAGCUGUUCAUCCAGAGGAUGUGGGCUGCGGGGCUAUCGUGGGACUCACCACUACCUGACGAUCUUCGCAACGGAUGGCUCGAGUACCGCUCCAAGCUGGAGGGGCUCAAUAAGAUCCGCAUCGACCGUUGGAUGGGCAUGAUUCAACGUGUUCAGACAACGUUGCACGGCUUUUGCGAUGCCAGCUCACAAGCAUAUGCUGCCGUUAUCUAUACGAAGACCGUCGACGUAGGCGAUGUUGCACACAUCUCACUUCUGACCGCACGCACGAAGGUGGCACCUCUGAAGGGCGCUACUAUACCCCGCCUGGAACUGUCGGCAGCACUACUGUUGGCUGAAACUAUUCAGAAUGUUCGGGACUCACUGGGCUUAAUGGAUGCUCCAUACUAUUUGUGGUCGGACUCGGCGAUCGUUUUGUGCUGGUUGAAGAAGCAUCCAACAACACUUAAGCCGUUCAUAUCCAACCGGGUUCGGGGGGAACUGACUUCCCCCGACCGAUGGUACCACGUUCGUUCAGCACAGAACCCUGCUUAUUGUGCCAGCAGAGGCAUUACACCCGAAGAACUCUUAGUUCACCCGCUUUGGUGGCAUGGACCUGAUGAGCUAGGCAGCGCUCCCUCAAACCAGCCCGAGAUCCCUCUUAGCCAGGACGAGUCGGUUGAGCUCCUUGCCGAAAGGCGAAGUAUAUGUCAGUCAAUGGUACUCCUCGCGCAGCCUUUGAAUACCCGUCGCCCAGAUGGACACAUUAUGUUAUUGACCACCCGUUUUAGUUCAAUUCAACGCCUGCUGGAUACAGUGGCCAUCAUGCUGCGCUGGUUGAAAGGGCGUCGGCACUUUCGUCAACCUGUGGUCAGCGCCCAGGAACUAGAUGACGCCCUGUACACGCUUAUCCGUCGAGAGCAAGGGGAACACUUUGCCGCUGAGAUUAGGCAGUUGAAGUCCCGUUCAGGUUUGUCCUCCUGCACUAGAAUACUCUCAUUGAAUCCAUUUUUAGAUGAGAACCACAUCCUUCGGGUCGGAGGGGAAUACAUAAGGCCGACCUGGAACAUGACCAGCGAUUCCCGAUCAUAUUGCCGAAGUCGACUCCCUUGUUGCAGCCUUUAAUACGUCAGGCCCAUGAGGCAACGCUACAUGGAGGAACGCAACUCAUGCUACAUACCCUCCGUCGCCGGUUUUGGAUCCUGAAUGCCAGGCAGGCGGUCAAGAGUUUUAUCCACAAGUGCGUAUUAUGCCGCCGUCAUAAGGGAGAGGUGUUCAAGUAGCAAAUGGCUCCACUACCCGGGCAGAGGAUCAAACCCGCGAGGCCGUUUGUGUCAUCUGGGGUAGACUACUGUGGCCCUUUUACACUGCGGGUCGGCACGAAGCGCUCUCGCACGGUCAUCAAGACGUACCUAGCCAUCUUCGUAUGCAUGGUCACCAAGGCCGUGCACAUCGAAGUAGUGGAUGAUCUAUCCGCACAAGCGUUCCUCGACGCCUUCACCCGUUUCGUCUGCCGACGAGGUCCCUGCCGCGACCUAUACAGUGAUAAUGGCACUGCCUUUGUUGGUGCUAACAGACUCUUACGCGAAGACCUAGCCGCAUGGCAUAGUGAAAACAACCAGCGAUGGUUAGCAGACUCGGGUACCAAUUGGCACUUCAUUACACCUAGUGCGCCGCAUCAAGGUGGGCUAUGGGAGGCGGCUGUUAAGUCGGCAAAGCAUCACUUGGUCCGCUGUGUGGGUUCGCAAAUCAUGUGGCAUAGACAAUGGCAGACAUUGGCUACCCGGAUAGAAGCAUGCCUGAACUCACGCCCAAUUACCCCCCUGUACGAAGACCCGGAAGAGAAGUUCGCGCUGUCGCCUGGUGAUUUCCUGAUUGGGGCUCCGCUGAUAGCAGUCCCGGAGGCAGACAUUCAACAUAUUCCAAACAACCGACUGAAACAAUGGCAAUGGGUACGGCAGGUUCAACAAGUGUUUUGGCAGCGGUGGAGUGAGGAGUAUCUGACCACUCUGCAGAGGCGCCACAAAUGGCAUCGGCGCACCACUAACAUAAGGGUCAAUGAUAUCGUACUCGUCAAGCAUGAGAACUUGCCUCCGACUCACUGGCGCAUGGGUCGCGUCGUGGCUGUACAUCCUGGGGCUGACGGGGCGGUUCGCAAUGUCACAUUAAGAACUUCCGGCGGAUGCAUGACUCGAGCUGUUCAGAAGCUGUGCCUCUUACUGGAGCCUGAGGAUUUCGAGUCAACCGACUCGACCGGGCAGGAUGUUGAAGCUGUAACCUCUUAGUUAAGUUUAUUUUCUGUCAUUUCGUAAUCGUCUGGCAAUACUGUUCUCGUUCUUGUCAUUCAUUUCUGUUUUGUGAUUACAUUUGUUUGUUUCGUUAAGAAUCAUUGUACGGUACUUUAAAUUCCUGAAAUUUUCUAUAAAAGGCGACGAAAACUCUUUUUAGCUUCUUCUUGUGCACAGAUAAGCGGAUGAAUAAAGCCUGUAUUGGUAAAUUGUCAA